AUGAUUCCCGUCGAAAUUCUCAAACCAGCCUAUCUGUUCAUAUCAUCUGCUACUUUGACUGUAGUAGCUCUUCAUUUUCCGACCAAGUUUCAUUGUUUCUUUCUUUUGCCUACAUGGUUGCUUGCGGCUUGGUCUUUAGCUUCAGUAACUGGGAACACGGGGCUGACAGGCGUGCUCACGGGGCUGAACUCGUACACAGCUAUAACGGAAUUGAGACACAGUGGUUUUGUAUGGCCCAGUCGACGCAGCAUCUCAGCAGCAUGUCGCAUUUGGAACAAUCCUCGGAAAUUGGAUUUCCGAGGUCGUACCAGCCCAAGCUGUGCGGCCUGGUCAUCGCGUCUACGAUUUGCUCUUCUCCGCGGACUCAAGGCUUUUUCGAUCGUUUUUGUCGACCGUUGGAUAGUCCAGCUAAUCCGAGAGCGCCUAUUCAUUGACGGUAGCAUUCUCGAUUUCGCGCCUGACCAGCACCACAUAAUCAGGCCCCUCGUUAGCCAGUUGUCUUCUGUUGCCUUUGACACUGAAAACCUUGAAUACAACUCAGUAACGGGCCGCCAGAUAUCGCUACGGGCCUUCAUGAGUCUUUCGUGGAUAUGGUUUAACUUCAUGACUCUCGAAUGUUACCACGCCAUUCUGGCAGUCUUCUUUGUUGCUGUUCUUCGACUUGACGACCCAGACGACUGGCCGCCCUUGUUUGGCAGCCUUGCUGAUGCCUGGACUAUACGACGGUUCUGGGGCCGCUUUUGGCAUCGCAUAGCAACGCCAACAUUCACGAAGUGGGCAGAAAUCAUCUUGAGAGUAAAGUCAAGAACAGCAAUUGGAAAUGCGGCUGUGGCAUUUGGUGUCUUCUUUCUUUCUGGGCUGAUGCAUGCGACAGCGGCAUGGCGCACCGGCCAACGUUUUGCAGACCUAGAUAUAUGGUUUUUCUGCGCGAACUUCCUUGUUGUUGCGGUUGAGAUACUUGUCUCCCAAAUCUACAAUCGCGUAGUCAGGAGAACAGGGCUGUCAGUACAUCUAAGACCGGAUCCUUGGCUGUGUGUAGCUAGCAGGACUCUCGGUUUCAUAUGGGUUUUUACGUGGUUCUUCUGGGCAGUUCCGAGGUGGAUAUAUCCCAAAACCUUGCGUUUCCUCAUCAAAGAAGCCCUAAUACAGUCCGAAAACCCAUUUUUGUAA